GGCUGAAAGAGGUGGAGCUGACUCGCUCCCUCUCAUUUGCUGUUGACUGUUUGUUGUGCGCUUGCUGUUGCCUUAUACUCGUCUGCCACAGGCCAAAGUCCAGCCUUGCUCCCAGGUCCCUGCAGCUGGCAUCUAUCGCCCGGUGCUCUGGAGAGGAGGACGAGUGGCCUUGCCUGAGCCGCCCCGUGAAGAUCUCUGGAGACCAUGGCCAAGAAAAGAGUUGCCGUGAUUGGGGGAGGCGUGAGUGGGCUGUCAUCCAUCAAGUGCUGCCUGGAGGAAGACUUGGAGCCCGUCUGUUUUGAAAGGACGGAUGACAUCGGGGGGCUCUGGCGGUUCCAGGAAAACCCUGAAGAUGGAAGGGCCAGUAUUUACAAAUCCGUGGUCAUCAAUACUUCUAAGGAGAUGAUGUGCUUCAGCGACUAUCCCAUCCCAGAUCACUUUCCCAACUUCAUGCACAACUCCAAGGUCCUGGAAUACUUUAAGAUGUAUGCCAAAGAGUUUGACCUUAUAAAGUAUAUUCGCUUCAAGACCACUGUGUGCAGUGUGAAGAAGCGGCCUGACUUCUCUACUUCGGGCCAGUGGGAAGUGGUCACCGAGUGUGAAGGGAGAAAGGACAUGAAUGUCUUUGAUGGAGUCAUGGUUUGCACCGGCCAUCACACCAAUGUUAACCUUCCCCUGGAAAGCUUCCCUGGGAUUGAGAAGUUCAAAGGACGGUACUUACACAGUCGAGACUACAAGAACCCGGUGGGCUUCACUGGAAAGAGAGUCAUCAUAAUUGGCAUUGGAAACUCUGGAGUGGAUUUGGCUGUGGAGAUCAGUCACACAGCUCAGCAGGUUUUCCUCAGCACCAGGAGGGGUGCUUGGAUCCUGAAUCGUGUCGGGGACCAUGGAUAUCCUGCUGAUGUAUUGUUCUCUUCUCGGUUUAAACAUUUUCUGAAGAAUAUGCUUAGUAUGUCAUUAGUAAACACAAUUUUGGAAAAAAAUAUAAACCAAAGAUUUGACCAUGAACUGUUUGGCCUGAAGCCUAAACACAGAGCUCUGAGUCAACAUCCAACGGUAAACGAUGACUUGCCAAAUCGCAUAAUUUCUGGAUUGGUGAAGGUAAAAGGAAAUGUGAAGGAAUUCACAGAGACAGCUGCCAUAUUUGAAGAUGGCUCCAGGGAGGAUAACAUUGAUGCUGUUAUUUUUGCCACAGGCUAUAGUUUUGCCUUUCCUUUUCUUGAUGAUUCUGUCAAAGUUGUCAGAAACAAGAUAUCCCUAUACAAAAAGGUCUUCCCUCCUAACCUGGAAAAGCCAACUCUUGCGAUCAUAGGCUUGAUACAACCCUUGGGAGCCAUUAUGCCCAUUUCAGAACUUCAAGGACGCUGGGCCACACAAGUGUUUAAAGGAGUAAAGACAUUACCUUCGCAAAGUGAAAUGAAGGCAGAAAUAGCUAAGGCUCAAAAAGAAAUGGAAGAAAGAUAUGUGGAGAGUCAACGCCAUACGAUUCAGGGAGACUAUGUUGAUACAAUGGAAGAGCUUGCUGAUCUGGUGGGAGUCAAACCCAACCUGCUGGCUUUGGCCUUCACUGAUCCCAAGUUGGCAUUCCACUUAUUAUUGGGGCCCUGCACUCCAAUUCAUUAUCGUCUACAGGGCCCUGGGAAAUGGGAUGGAGCACGACAAGCUAUCCUUACUACAGAUGAUCGUAUCAAGAAGCCUAUGAUGACAAGAGUAGUUGAGAAGCAUAACUCUGUGAACUCAGCAGUGACAAUGGUCAAGGUUAUGCUAGUUGUUGCCUUCUUUGCUGUCAUCAUGACCUAUUUUUAGCUGGGCCACGCCACUGCUCCUGCUUUCACUGGAAAUCUGAUUCGAGAACCCUUUAGAGCCUUAAGAAAUGAACAAACUCUCAGAGUCACAUUGUCUAGAAACCUACUUUUCUUUCCAUGGCAAUAAUCCUCCUCCCCUUUUUUCUUUCCUGCAGUGAAAUCAUAGUUUUUAUUCAGCUUGAUUGACUCACCUUCCUUCUGCUCAGACCCCUUCCUUUUUCCUUCCAGCAGUCUCAAGCCUGUGAGCUCAGGGACAAUUUCCAGCCAUCCUACGGGUCCCUAGGAGAGUUCUGAACAGAUAGAAGUGGUUAAUAGAUGUUUGCUGUUGGUUAUUACGUACCAUGGUAGGAAGCAUAAGUCAGCAUACGAGCUGGUUGACUGUGUAAUUCUGUUUCUAAUGGAUUUGGUUUCCUAUUGGAAACUCCAUUUUUUGUUUGUUUGUCAUAUUAUAGCUAAUUGCAUGUUCCCUGAGAGACGAAAAAGCAUGCUCAUAAAACAAUACUAUGUGUCUCGAAUACAACAUGACUUCAGACACUGUUUCACUUCCUAUCCUCGACUCCCACCACUGCCCACUAGCUGCCAUCAAGUCUACUCCAGCUGAUGGCAGCUCCAUAUAUCAGAGUAAAAUGGUCGAAGAGUUUCCAACAACUGAUUAUUUGGAAUUAGAUCACUAGGCUGCCUUUCAAAAUGCCUCUGUAUAGACUUGAACCUCCAACCUUUUGUUUGCUAGCUGAGCCCCUUGCCUCUUAUAUCAUCACCAAGGGAUUCCUGUAUUUUUUAGUUAACCUGAUAGUUUUCCUAAGCAAUACACCUUUAUUUCUCAAUAAAGAAACCAACUUCAACUUUCUAGGCUCACAGACCAUUCUAAUAAUCUAGCGUCUGCCAAGAGGUUCAACUUGGUUGAGAAAUUUGGGGUUUUUAAUUAGCUGUCCUAGCUGCUUGAACUCUUGGUUUCCAUAUUCAGGAUCCAUCAUGACUUUUACCUUAGGAAGAAAGCUUGGUUGUAGUGGGAGCUACUAAUCUGAUGUGAUUGGCUUCCCCUCUCCCUUGCUUAUCCUAGCCUCACCAUUCCCUCUGAAUGAAAUCUGUCAUGAAUACUGGAAGAUGUCAUUUAUGUAUGUUAAAAAAGCAAAAAAACAACUGAGGCUCAGGUUGACAGAUUCUGAUGGGUGCAUAGGAAAUUUCACAGUGAUUAUUGACCAAUAUGGAAUAUACCCAAGAACAGAGAGGAAGAACAAAGAGGAUACAAUAGGAAUACAGUGAUCAUAAAAUUGUAAAAACCUGUCCGUUGGACAAGACAAGCUGUUAAUCAUGAACUUGCUUGAAGUUUACUUUUUGCAAAUAAUUUAGCUUUAUCCAAAGUAAUCUGGGUUUUGCCCAUUUCUUGAGAUCAUGCUAAAUUCUUGGAGUCUUCCUGAGUAAUUAAGAUGCCUUUGUUAGACAAAUGAAUGGGUAUUGAUUUAGGCCACAAGGAAAAGAGAGGAGCAGAAUGCUAUUAUGCUAAAGUUAGCCAAAUGAUUCAUUUUCCACGUGGUAGUUCCUUUCUUUUCUCUUUAAAAGAUUAUAUUUAAUCCACAAUGUGCCUUUUUAUUUUUCUGAAGACAUGUCUUGUUGUAUGCAUACAGACUAACUGCUUGAAUAAACCCUAUGUGAUUUCA